GUGUUGCGAGGCGUCGUGUGCGGGUCCACUGUCAACAACAUACGUACUAGGCAGCAGGUGAAUGCCGGCAAAACAGUCUUUCUGCCCUCGGAGGAUCUACGGAAACGAUACUGUGAUUUAAAAGUUUCAAAGCGAGCACAUAUCAUCGACCGGAUUCGUCUGAUCACAGGUCCCAGCCUCCAAAGUGCACCAACUGGAUAGUAAGCCAUGGCAACCACAGUGCCCAAACUCUCCAGCGGUGGCGCUGUUAAGAUCCGCUUUACCAGCAUGGACCAGGGUACCACCAGGUGGAGAGAGGGAACUUUUGAGAUUCUGGAGAAAGACAACAAAGUCAACCUCUGUCUCAGAUUCAACUGUGGUGGAGCUUCCAAAACUUUUCAGCUGAACCAGAACGUGAAGACUAUCAACCAGAAUUUAAACCGGAUCCAGCUGACUUUGAAGGACAGCAGUGCCAUCACUCUGGAUAAGAUGUCCCCAACUCUGGUCCAGAGGACCAAGGAAUACCUGGAGAAGCUGAAACAGACAAAGACAAUUUUAAAAUCAUCGCAUGGAAGUGCAAACUUCAGUGUGCUUGGGAAUCGCUCUGUGAAAAAUGACACCAGCCCAUCAGGGGAAAGACAGACUUCUAACAUCUUCCAGACAACACCGAGGCGGCAGAGUGCAGAAGGCCGGGAGGACACGACACCAAGGAAGCCUCUGGGCAGCCCGAGUAGAGCUGCCUCCACUCCCACUCGCACUGGACUCUCUGAGAAUAGGAGCGAGAAGAGAAAAAGACUCCUCAACUCUGAAAGUGAUCUAACCGAGGACUACCCCAAGGAAAAUGACUCUUCUAGCAACAACAAAGCUACUUCAGAUCCAUCCAGGAAGUAUCCAUUGAGCUGUAAAGAUAAGAUGAAGCAGGCAGAGGAGAACAGGAGCUCAGCUCCACUGGCAUCAACUCCUCUUCAGCCAACGUCAUUCUACGGCAGCCGAUCUGUGACUAAAGACUACAGCCAGAGUCACGCUUUCCUGGACAGGCCAUCCAGUACAGCACAGAGCACCUCAGUCAAGAGAAGCCUCAUGCUGCCCAAUCACUCCACUCCCUUCAAGAAGGUACGUCCCUCCUCUGUGGACUACGGUGGCUGGAACAAGCAGCGGCCCUCCACUCUGGCCCAGCCUCAGCCGCCACUGCAAGGAUUCUCUAACCUUGGCAACACUUGCUACAUGAAUGCCAUCCUGCAGUCCCUGUUCAGCCUCCCCUCUUUCUCCAACGACAUGCUGAAGCAGGGCAUCUCAUGGAAGAAAGUGCCCAUCAAUGCACUGCUCAGGCGUUUUGCUCACCUUAUGGCAAAGAAGGACGUGGGCUGUCCAGAGACAAAAAAGGACCUCUUGAGGAAGGUGAAGAGUGCGAUCUCCUCCACAGCUGAGCGUUUCUCUGGAAACAUGCAGAAUGAUGCUCACGAGUUCCUGAGUCAGUGUUUGGAUCAGUUAAAAGACGACGUCGAGGACAUGAACAAGAGCCUGACAAAUGAAGCUGCAGCAGCCUCGUCAUCCUCUGCGGUGGGCGAGAACGGCCAGGAAGCAACGUCGUCUGCAACCAAGACAGAGCCGGGUGAAGAGGUGGACACCUCCCGCAUCUACACCUGCCCCGUGGCGGUCAACAUGGAGUUUGAGGUGCAGCACACUAUCAUCUGCAAAGGCUGUGGCGAGGUGGUAACCAAGCGAGAGCAGUUCAAUGACUUGUCCAUCGACCUACCACGCAGAAAGAAAACGCUCCCACUUCGCUCCAUUCAGGAUUCCCUGGAUCUCUUCUUCAGGAUGGAGGAAAUUGAGUACUCGUGUGAAAAGUGCAACGGGAAAGCAGCAACUGUUACACAUAAAUUCAGCAAGCUGCCCAGAGUCCUCAUCCUCCACCUGAAACGGUACAGCUUUAACGCUCAGCUGUCUCUGAACAGCAAGCUGGGCCAGCAGGUGGUGAUCCCUCGAUACCUGACUCUGCUGUCCCACUGCACCGAAACCACACGGCCCCCUGUUAGUCUCGGCUGGAGCUCUCAAGCCUCCAUGUCCAGAACACUUAAAACGUCACCAUUGGUCAACUCUUCCACAGCACCUCUUCGAAGGAUUGGAGGGAAAGUGGCCAACUCCACCUGCACCUCAAUCCUUGUGGACUCUGACUGUGAAGAAGAAAUUAGUAGGAAGGUGAGCACGAGCCGCAAGCGACGCCUCAGCAGCUGUCUGCCUGAUGACGACGACCGACCGGAAGAGCGGAGAGCAGCAAUAGAUUCGGCAGACUUCGGUGGCAUAAAUGAUGACGAAAUGUUAGAGGCUGUGCUGGAGAUGAGUCGGCAAGAGGCCGGGCUGUCAGCUCCUCCCCCUAUGGAGGAUGAGCCAACAAGCAGCCCUGACACCGGCUUUGGAGACACAGAUGCCCAUGACCUGGCCUAUCACACAGAUUUGCUGGAAACGGACACCAAGCAGCCUGCAGAUGUUCUGGAUUCCCUGGACUUGACCAUGGAUGAGAACAAGGAGAACCAGACCCCAGAGGGUGUGCAGCAGCAGGGAGAACUGGACUGGGUCCAGCAGUACAGUCUGGAUCAGGAGAGAGAAGAACAGGAGCUACAGCAGGCUCUGGCCCAGAGCCUCCAAGAGCAUGAGGCCCAAGAGAUGAGAGAGGAUGAUGAUCUGAAGAGGGCCACGGAGCUCAGUUUGCAAGAGUUUAACAACUCUCUGCCCGAGCUGCUGUGUUCAGAUGAUGAUUCUGGAAACGAGGACGUGCUGGACAUGGAGUACACUGAAGCGGAGGCCGAGAACCUGAAGAGGAACGCUGAGAGCGGAGACUUGGCCAACUCUUUCAGACUCAUCAGUGUCGUCAGUCACAUCGGAAGCAGCUCCUCCUCUGGCCAUUACAUCAGCGACGUGUACGACAUGAAGAAGCAGUCGUGGCUGACCUACAAUGACCUGGACGUGUCGCGCACACAGGAAGCAGCCGUCCAGCGAGAUCGCGACCGCAGUGGUUACAUCUUCUUCUACAUGCACAAGGAUGUGUUCGAGCAGCUGUCUGAAAUGGAGAGAUCUGGAGCCAACGCCACUUCAGAGGCAGGGAGGAACGUCCUGCAGCCGCUCUGAGUGCCACAUCUUUGGACACAUCCACAGCUGAACCCUGCUAUAGAUGGGAGUUCUCCUCUGAACAGCCUUGAGUACUACUGAUUGCCGUCCUUUUUUUGGUCGUCUUCAGGCACUUCUUUUCCUCUACAACUGACUAAAUGGCCUGCUAAUCUAGCACCUGCGAAUGCCAACGCAGGUGCUAAACCAUCUAGACUCUUGAAAUACCAGAAAUGCAGUUAAAAUGUUCAGUGGAUCAAAGUUUGCCUCCAUGUUUUUGGGGCUGGAGUUUUUCUUUGCUAUGAUUUUAUCAAACAGUUGUUUUUUUGUUUCUUUUCUUUCUUUGUUUCUUUCUUGAUACACUUCUUUAAACUUUAAUGCCGUUCAUUCAGACUUUCACUUAAGAGCAACUAUCACACCAGAUGCUGCUGGUGCUUCAUGGAUUGUAUGUUCUGCAGACCCUUUAUUUCCCAUAUAAAACUAAAUAAAGAUAUAUUCUAUGUUGGAGUAUAAGCUAUAAUAGAGUUAGAGGGUUGUUGUAUUUAGCGGGUACAUUUGGUGCAAUAUUUAUGUUCUGGCACAAACUGGCCAAUUCAAAUCAACUUUGUAUCACUGAGUGUGUUUGUGUGUGUGGAUGUUUGCCCACUUGCUUUCUGUGCUUGACUUAUGGCCUAAUUUGUGUGUGUGUGUGUGUGUGUGUGUGUGGUUGGUUGUCUCCAUAUUAUAGAUUUAAGAAAAACCCGUCAUCUUAAUAACAACACAGCCUGUUUUUUACUGAGCUUUUCUCAGUAAAUCCCACUUUAUUCUUUUGGAGUUUUGACCUUGUGCCUCCCGAGAAAACUUUUUAUAAAUAUGUAAAAAAGCUUUACUUUGACAGUUGCACAACCUUUUUGUUUUUGGAUAUGUUUGUCAACGAUGUGUAAGUCAGAUUUUCAUUAUAAAAAGCCAAGAUUUUCUAUUUAUUGCAGCAUAGAGGGGUUGAUUUUAUCUAAAUGAACCCAUUAAGAUACGCCACGGCAAAAUAGAAGUCAUUACAACUAGAUCACCAGGGAAGCUAGCUAUAGAGUAAUGUCUCUUAUUUCACCAUCUUUAAGGCCAGUAUACAGUUCUUAACACUUUAGACCUCUGCUAACGCUGUUCCACUAGUUCCUAUCAGGCGUGCUUGCUUAUAGAACAGGAAAAGAGGAAGUAUUUUGUUAUUCUAGAAACUGGUUGUACAGGUCUUGUUUGUUACACUGUAAAAAAAAAAAAAAAGUCACAUUUCAGUACACCACAUGUAACGAGUAACAUUGAAAACGUGUCUGCUGGACAUAAUCAGACCAUGCAACACAUGAAAAUCUACAUAACAUAGCAUUAAAGAAAGAUCAGUAUGGACUGAAUAUAUUCUUGAUACCCAGUCCUCUUAUGAUUUGGUUUUUAGGGAGGAGACUCCUGGAGGUACAGUGUUGUUACACCAUAGUAAAACCUGACUAUGACAGCAGUCA